CUAGAUUUGACAUUAAUAGAUGCCACAGAUGUUCUAAAGCUGCCACAAAGCAUGAAAAAAAAAUAGACGUCUCUGUUAAGAUAUUCAUUGUGUGUACUCAUGUUGUACAAUAUGUUUAACAUAGACAGUAUUUUAGUUGUCACCACAAGGAGGCACUGUUUUAUUGUAAGGGCACGUAUGCUGCGUCAUCACGCCCCUGAGAAGAAGUAUACUACCAACAAAAAAUGGCACCCAUGAGGAAAGUUUUGCCGCAUGUUCAUGCUGAAUAAAGUUCCCAAACUAUUAAGGAUAUUUUUGCCUCCGUCGUCAUUUUCCUUCGAGUUGAUCGCUGUCGAUGCUGCAAUACUCAACAGGUUAUGGGCCCAGGGCCGACUCGAAGAGGAGUUUUAUUUUUUUCUUAUGAAGAUCCGGAGCCGCAACCGAUAGCGGGCUAACGGCUAAAUAGCAUGGAUCAACGAGGAGCAAGCAGGCUGCCUCGACUCAUGUUUGACGGAGAUGAGACCAAAUAUGAACUUUGGGAAACUAAGGUGCUAGGAUAUUUGCACUUGUUGGGAUUAAAAGACACUGUUCUGAAGGAACCGAACAGUGAGGCUGAAGUAGCGGCAGACGGUAAGAAGAACGCUGACGCUUACGCCGAGUUAAUCCAAUUUUUGGACGAUAAAAGCCUCUCGCUGAUUAUGAGAGAUGCCCCUGAUAAUGGGAGAAGAGCAUUAGAAAUAUUGAGGGACUACUACGCUGGAAAGGGGAAGCCCCGAAUCAUCAACCUGUACACCAUGCUGACAUCGCUUCAGAAAAAGAGGGAAGAGACUGUCACAGACUAUGUCAUCAGAGCAGAGGCCGCCAUUACAGCACUGCGCAAUGCGGGUGAGACUUUAGGUGAUGGAUUACUGAUUGCUAUGGUUUUAAAAGGACUACCUGGAAGUUUUAAACCAUUUGCAAUACACGUUACCCACGAUAAAGACGAUAUGACAUUUGCUGAGUUCAAAACAAAGCUACGAAGUUUCGAAGACACCGAAAAGUCAUGCGCAUCGGAGUGUAGCGACAACAUAAUGAAAACAGGAGUAAGAACCGGGCGUGAGCACACGAGAUCUAGCGCACAAUGCAGAUACAAGAGCGAUGUGGACAUUGUGUGUUUCAAGUGUGGACUAAAAGGCCACCGAGCAAAAGUGUGCAGGCGGAGGACGUGGUGCAGUCAUUGCAAAAGCAACACACACAGUGAUACCACAUGUAGACAUAAAGACAAACAAGAUGGUGUGCGGAAGGUCGCAGAUGAGAGCGGCAACGGAUCCAAAGCAGAAACGCCGGAUUAUGCCUUCAGGAUUAAGGGCGCAGACAUCAAAGUCCAGCAGUCAGCAUACAGCGUUGAGGAGAAAGGCCUGUUGGUGGACACUGGGGCUACCUCACACAUCAUUAACGACAUCGCCAAGUUCAAGGGCUUCGACGACGUGUUCAGACCGGAGACACACAGCGUGGAACUGGCAGACGGUACCCAGUGCAGAGGCAUCGCCCAACAGAGGGGGGACGCAGAGGUGUUCCUGAUUGACAAUACAGGCCAGCGACGCAAAGCAACGCUGAAAGAUGCGCUGUUUAUUCCAUCAUACCCCCAGAACAUAUUCUCUGUAAAGUCAGCCACUGCAUUAGGAGCAACAGUCACCUUUAAACAAGGGCAGGACAUGUUGACCCACAAAGACGAGUGACCUCGUCGUUUCCUGGAUUCGUGAACCCACGCUACAAAGUCUGUCGACAGCCUGUUUCUAGUGAAACAGUAAAGACCAACUACGUGAAUUCGCCGUUGGCCAGCGUUUUUAGCAAGAGGUCCACGAUUCCAGGGAGCGAGGAGGAUUCUCUCCGACCGGCAUUUUCAUCUGAACCAGGUGAAUAUAAACACUCAAGAACACAUUGCGGCUAAAAUCGGUUUUUAGGUUGACACGGUUCUUAAGAGACUCGUCCCUUAGGGACUGGAAGUCGGGAAAAGACUCGUCCUUUAAGGACUGGAAGUCAGGGAUCUCACUCUUACGAGUGAAAGGACUCGCCUGUAAGACGGAACUGGCAGUCCCCUGGGGGACUCGUUCCGCAAUUAAAAGGCUGGAAGUCAGGGAUCUCACUCUCACGAGUGAAUGAAAAUAAAGGGAUCUCACUCUCACGAGUGAAUGAAAAUAAAGGGAUCUCACUCUCGCGAGUGAAUGAAAAUAAAGAACGUGUCAAUUAAAAUAGGAUUAUAGUACCGCGUGUGAAGUUUAUGUGUUGUUGAGGAGUGAGUGACCUUUUGAAUAGAAACAACAGGUUUCUGCACCACUCUUACUGUUUCCUGUGUCGACCGAUGUACUGGUGAGAAGGGGUCAAAGGUUGCGCUUCAACGCAUAAAAUUAAGGCCGCCCUGGGUCUAGACCAGGGUAGAAGGCUGCCUUAAUAACCUCCCCCGACUCUAAUAUCAGCGAAGGUCACACAGAGUGUAUGUUGGCAGUAUUAGUAAAUAA